UUUUGAAGACAGGUCGAAGAGAGCAGGCACGAAGGGCGAAAAUAAUUUGUGUCAAAUAGCGCUGAAUGUUUUCUCUAAUCGAACAUGUUGGCUACCGGCGGUGACUGCAUCAAACUUUGGGAUUUGAAUGACUUCAAACUCAAGCAGAUUUAUCCAUCAAGGAAAGAGAGCAAUGUGAUGGGCAUUUCCUGGAGCAAUGAUGGUGGAUGUCUGGGCAGCUUUUGCAGUGACAGCAAUGAAGUCAGUCUCAGAGCUGUCAGGGAUACUUCAUCUCUGCAACUUCCUUCCAUUAAAACAGGAUGUGUUGUCCGAGCCAUAGAUUAUGCUCACAAAGCAGCUGAAUUUGUGGCUGUAGUGGAGUCUUCAGGCCAAGUGAUUGUUUGGAAUACCAACUCAGUCUCGCCUAAGAAGACAUUCCAGUUGAAAGAUAAAUCACCGACCAGCAUUGCCUUCAGUGCAAGUGACUCUCACUUGGCUGUAGGUGGGGAGGCAGGCAGUGUGCACCUGCUCUCCUUCACCAACAGCACCAUCACUGGUCCUUACCACAUCACUUCAUGCCAGGGAGGAGUGAAGUGCGUGAAGUACAGUGCUUUGCGGCGCGGGGUACUGAGUGUCGCGUGCUGGGACGGCUCAGUGGCUUGUCUCGACUGCAACACUGGCAAGACCAGCAGCCUGGCACAGAGGCACUCUGCUCCCUGCUCCGCCCUUGCCUUCUCUCCCACCAACGAGCUCCUGCUUGUCUCUGCAGGAUAUGAUAAGAAGCUCAUCUUCUACAACAUCAAUAGCCUCAAGACUGUCCAGCUCAUUACCUGCGACGCACCCCUCACGACCGUGGCGUUCCUGCCGGACGGCCUCAAGAUCUGCGCGGGCACAAUGUCUGGCGAGGCUCUGCUGUACGACCUGCGCAACCUGCGCACACCGCAGCACUCGUGGUCAGCUCACUCCGGGGCGCUGAUGACCAUGGCACCUCGGCCUGCUGCCUCUAACUUGCAGAAGAAACGCAGAACUCCUCACCAAAGAACAAAGACGCUGUCGGGAGAAGUUCCUGAGAUUGUGGUCGAUGUGCAGCCGCCAACAGAGGGCGAGGCACCUUCCUCCAAAUAUUUCAGUUCCACUAACCUGGACGACUUGAGCGCCGAUGUCUUCUCACCCGUUCGAGACGCAGGCUUGUUUGUCGAGUCGAGUGCGCGGGACAAGCCCCUGGCUAAAGACGGUGCACCGGUCAUGAAGCUCGCAAGUCUGGGGGGCAACGAGGACUGUGACGCGGAUGCUGCCAAUUACGAUGCUGACGGACUCCUGUCGCCUGUCAGAGGCGCUGCUGACAUGGCAUUUCAGGCAGAUGACAUGCACCGGACGCCUUAUGCCUCUUCCCGCAAUGAGGCCCUGGUAACUGACUCGUCCAUCUCAUUGACACCUCGCAGCUCCAGACGCGAUGAGUCGAUCCGUUCUUCACUGCUUCGGAUGGCGGGAGAAAAGUCAACUUAUUUGUCCCCAAAACGACUAGCAGGGAAAGAUUUGCAUGCAAUAUCCCCUGAACGCUUGAUGUCGAGUAUUUCAGCUGUAACUUCCCCUCGGCAAAAUCUGAAUAAGUUGGACGUAGUGCCACUAUCUGCCAAGGAAUCAAUUGAGCCUUUUACCACUCUUGAAAUGAAACAAUCUGAGAAACCUUCUUUAUCACGCGGCCCUUUUAUAAAGAAACCUUCGGAUGAGCAUGGCUCAACCAGUGCUUCCAAGGCUUUAGAAUCGCAUUUUAUUGUUGAAACUGCCUCUCAAACGUCAGGCCAAACCAAUGAUGUCAUCUUGGACCGUGGCUCAAAGACACAGCAGAGCUUUCCUUCUCCUGCCAUGGCCGACACGCGGCUAUUUUAUGAAGACGACGUGCUGUCGCCAUUACGAGAUGGUCUUGCUGUCGAGCCUGCUUGCGUUUGGUCAUCGAAGAAGGUGAGCGACCGCCUUGCUGCUAUUGAUGAUCUUGUACGCAGCAGCGUUUCACCUACCGGCUCACCAUCCCGCAGUAAAACUCAUCAUGAUUCGAAAAUUACUCACCUAUCUCCUAAAGAUAAGGAAAAUGUUCCUCAAAAAAUUCCUUUUUCUCCUGCGUUUGAUCCAUCAAAUUCGACCAACGUUAGAAUGAACGAAAGUCAGUUACAUAACUCGCCCAGACCAAAAACAGCAAUGCCAACUGUCAUCGAUGCCCCUCAAAACCAAGAUAAAUUGCUAAGUAGACUCACUGAACAUGCAUUGCAUGAAGCGUCAAAUAAAGACUUUCAAUUUGAAAAGAAAACUCCGAGAAAUUCUGCAACUAACUCUACUUUGGAGUGUCUUCUGAAAAACUAUGAAAACAUCGUGAAUAAACUUGCUGUCCUGGAAUCGCCUUCUGCCAGGGGCUCUGACGAGCCGCCAACUGAAACUGAAACGACCGGCCAGGAAGACGCUGCGCCUCCCGCUAUUACAGGCAAUACUAGUGCAACAUCGCAGUCGUUGACGCUGGCGCUGGUGCGGAGCUGCGUUGCAGAUUCGCUGGAUGAGCUCGAGACGAGAAUCAACAGACGCUUCAUCCACCUCAACUACACGCUGCUCACCACGCUCGUACAGCAGACGCGUGAGAUUGAGGAGUUGCAUAAAAAAUAUUCCCUCAAUGAGGAACUGCUCGAAGAAAACCUUAGACUGCAAGAAGAAAUUCGCUACCUUCGAGCUAACUACUGAAUUUUGCUUGCAUAGUUUUCAUUAGGAAAAGCAAGGUAAAUAAUAUUUGUUGAUGUAUGAUUUUAUGCGUAAGCAGUACGUAAGUAUUGGAUCGCAAUGUUAUCACACUCGCGUCAUUACCGUGACUUGCCUGAAAAAGUAAAAUUUUCCUCGCCAAUAUAGAUUCUCUAAUACAUUCUAAGGAGGCUAUAACAGAUAGAUUUUAUAUAUUAAGGAUCGUGUCUACUGCGUGAUGCAUACCUAUUAUAUUUGUUCAUCGUACAAUUCGUUGUUUAACUACAUAAUAGUAUAUAAUAACAGUGGCUGGGUUUAUAAUAUUCAUUACGAACCCAAUUUCCGACUCUGAAUUAAUAACUUAUUGCCGGUUAAUAAGAAAUAUUAAUGGUAACCUUGUAACUGUAGAUAUUGUUUUAUAUGUCCUGGAUUUUGCAAAGGUAGGACAUUUUGAAUGGUAAUAAAAGUGGUCAAACAAAA